AUGUCCAAUUCAAAUGCUCCUAAGCGAAAGUAUGAGGAAGAGAAAUCAGAACAUUCUUCUCGUCAUUCGAAUAAUACCUCCUCUACAAAACAUAAAGGGCAUCACACUAAUUCCCACUACUCUUCGUCGUCUUACCGCUCGCAUGAAUCAACUUCACGUGUCUACAAGGAAGCAGCACGUGGCUCAUUAAAUCAACCUUCUCAUUCUUCACAACCUCGUAAAGCACGAAAAACUUCAAUUACCUCAACACCACAUGAUAAUACUUCAUUAGUCGCUGAUCACUAUAAUAAUAAACCUGAUGUUGGCAUAGAACGUAGAAACGAGUCUCAUAUCCUAUUUUUAAGAUUUUUUAACAAUUGGGUGAAGAGUGUUUUGAUUGGGAGGUAUGCUCAUCGUGGAAUGACAGUUUUGGAUAUGGGUUGUGGAAAAGGAGGUGAUUUGCACAAAUGGAAUAAAGCAAAUAUAGAUCGAUUGGUCGGAAUAGAUCUGGCUGAAGUAUCGAUUCGACAUGCUCGCAAGCGCUGGGAAGAUAUGAAAGGUCGAAAAUUGAAAGCAGAAUUUCACGCGAUGGAUUGUUUUUCGUAUCCACUUUCGACAAAAAUUGCGCGUGAUGAAGAAUUUGAUAUAAUCAGCAUGCAAUUCUGUCUACAAUACUCAUUUGAAUCUGAAAAAAAGGCGCGAAUGGCGUUGAGAAAUGUUACAUCAAAUUUAAAGCAGGAUGGCUUCUUUAUUGGAACUUUGCCGGAUGCAAAUUGGAUAGUUAAGAAAUUGAAAAAUUUGAAACCAGAUCAAUUGGAGUUUGGUAAUUCAAUAUAUUCUAUUCGUUUCGAACAAAAGGAAGAGUUUCCAGAAUUCGGACAUAAAUAUUCUUUCAAUAUGGAAGAAGCAAUUUCCGAUUGUCCGGAAUAUUUAGUACGAUUUUCAUUUUUUGAACAACUUGCAAGUGAAUACGGGCUGGAAUUAGUGUAUAAAAAAAGAUUUCAUGAUUUAUAUGACGAAGCUAAGGAAGUGCCUGCUUUUAGGGACCUUUUGUAUACAAUGAAAGUUAUUAAACCCAGUGAAGGGGAAAUGUCUGAAGAGGAAUGGGAAGCUGUUGAAAUUGAUUCUUUCUCCGGCUUCAAGAUCUAUCCGGGCAAAGGAAAACUUUAUGUCCGGACAGAUAAUAGGGUAUUUCGCUUUGUUGGAUCAAAAACCGAAUCACUUUUCCUACAACGUAAAAAUCCGCGAAAAAUCAGUUGGACACAAGUGUAUCGUCGUAUGCACAAAAAAGGUAUCACUGAGGAAGUAGCCAAAAAAAGAACAAGACGUGCAGUCAAACAUCAACGCGCUAUUGUUGGUGCAUCAUGGGAAUCCAUUCGUGCAAGGCGUAAUCAAAAACCAGAAGUCCGAGAGGCAGCUCGUCAAGCUGCGCUACGUGACGCUAAAGAAAAGAAAAAGGCGGAUCAGUCAAAGAAAAAGGCGGAGAAGGCAAAGACUGCUUCUGCCGCCUCUCGUGGACAGCCUAAAAUUUCGAAACAACAAGCUCGUGGUGCUCAAUCAAAAGUUGCAGGAAAGAGUCGUUAA